AUGGAUCAGGACUCGCCUCUGUCGGUGACUGCUAACGUCGCUGGAAUACUGACUUUCGUGGUGGCCAUCGUCGCAGCUGUCUACGUACGAUUUACCUACUUGCGUAACAGCGACGAAGAAUACUUCCGUGUGAAGACCUCCUUGUCAUGGUACAAGACAGAGUCAGCAUGGCUUGCGGAACUUGUCAAAGCAGCUGGUGAACGUCCCGGCGUACAAUUCCGGCCUGAGUACCAGAUGUACAAAUUUGUCAUGGACGAUUUAAUUAACCUCGAGAAGCGCCUACUAGAACUAGUGGAGGAAGUGGAAAUGAUAGUCACCAGCGAGGAGACACGACGCACUGGUGAGAGCUGGACUCUAAUACCAACGGGCUGGAGCUUCACUACGGCCGUAGCAGUGGCCUGGCUUCCUAGACGAACCAAAGCGUUCGAGUUGGUCCGCCAACGAGAUGCCUUGACGGCAAGAGUGUCGUUCACUCAAAUGAGUAUGAUAUCCUCUCGAAUUCAAAACCUGGAACAGGGGAAUCGUUUUCAAGGCGACAAGACAAAAGACAGUCUCGAGAAGUUUGGUGAUAUCAUAGAAGACCAGAAAGCCGAAAUUCGCCGCCUUGAGGACCUUGUAUACCGUGUAAUGCAUAGGACCCGGGUUGGACCGGAAGCAAACACGGAAAGAACUUUCAGAGUAAAUGAUGUCGUCGAAAAUAGCUUUGGACGAGCCGGUGACCCACAAUGCAGCAGUAACGACGACAACAUCAGUAUCCUCCACGACCGUAUACAGCCUGUCAGCACAAGAGAGCACAAUGUCGACGAUAUAGGAGCGGGUCAGGGCAAUGACAGGAUGCAUCAAUAUUCGCCGCUGCCCUGA